ACGUGUCCAAUUGCCUCGAACGGCGGACUGUUACUGUAGGAGGCAAAGGCAGACAGUGAAGAGCUAUCCUGGAGCUAUCACAGAACCCUGUGAUCAAGAAGUUGUGUCAGAAGUUGUGAUGAUUGAAGUGCCGAGAACUUGCAGUGUUGUCACCGAAACUGCUCCUGCUCUCGACCUCCUCCUCUUCGCCAUCGCCAUCUAUUCAUCCUUCCUCCCCGCGUCUUCGCGGUGCAUUCUCAGCCGUAGCAAGCUGCCACCUUUCUGGCAUGUUUCCAAACCUUUGAACUUCAUCUCACCACUGGACGCUACGUACUGCGAUACAUGACUAUUCCGUCAAGUCAUUUCCAUUCGGCGCCGCAAUAGUAGUCUUUCCCAGAGAAGUUGUGCUUAGAUGGCGAAGAAGAGCUCCCAAACGGCCGAAAUGCACCAGUCUCGCCCCUCGCAGUCGGGCAUCCCUGUCUUUACCCCACGCAAACCGCAGAGCGCACUCCCGAGCACGCUUUCUACCCCCCAGCUGGGCCUCGUAUCUUCUACACGACACCUCUCCGUGAGUGGUAGUCCGACACAUCCAAGUCCCAGCUCGUCGUCGUCUAGCACGAACGGCGGCAUCACACCCUUUCGCUCGUUUCGCAGCCUCUUCUCUACUGCGUCAGGUUCGUCCAAGAACCCACCUAAUCCGACCCCUCCUGUCGCUUCUCCAAAAGCAUCCUUCCCUGCAGCCGCGCUCGGGUCUAUACGACGUUCCAUCGGAGGCGACCGCAGCGUCUCAGCUCCGAACCUUCGCCAGGAGCCGUCGUAUGAAGACACGCCCGUGCUGCAGAUCGACCUGCCGCGACCGGACUUUGAGGCAUUCAUGCACGGCGCCGGUUUGUCGCAGCGCGAGCCUUCCAAGUCUGCGGCACCAACCCCACCGUCUUCGUUUCCGAGCUGGACACCCUCUGCGUCACAGCUCAGGACACCAUCGACGACAGGGUUCACUGAGCAUCGGCAGACCAUACAGCAGGACCGGAGCCCGCCACGUCCGCGCCGGGAUGCGCUGCCCAAGGACUCGCGGUUCUCGCGACCCGUCACGGAGCCUUCGUUCGUGCGGGCUCCCAAUGUUGGUGCCCCAGUGCAGUCGAAUUGCCCGACCUCUUCUGCACAGGCGCAGCAUCCAGAUGGUGAGCAACACAUGAGUACAUCUUAGCGUGUUACUAAAUUAUACACCAAGGCUUCGUGCCCUCCCCUUCGCCCUCACCAGCGGUCAACCCAACCGACCUCUCCACCAUCAUCGAGGCCGAGAACUCCGGCCUGUCCAAACACCUUCCGCCGCUUGAUUCUUCUCAAGAGGGGGACACGUCUCCGU